AUGCUAUUCCAAUUUAGCAAUAGCUUAUUUAAAAAAAAUGAUUAUGAAACAGUUAUUCAAUAUACUACUAAAUCAAUAAAGCUUGAUGAAAAUUUCAAAAAACCAUAUUUAAAUAGAAUUAUAGCAUUCGAAAAAACUGAAAGAGAAGAAGAUGCUUUAGAAGAUUUGAAAGCAUUAGAAAAAAUUGAUCCUAAUGACAAAGAUUUAAAAGCAAGAAUAUAUUAAAUGAGUAAAUUUGGUCUAAGCUUAGAUAGUUUUAAAUUAAAUUAAAAUGAUAAUGGUUCAUAUAAUAUAUCUUUUAAUAAAUGA